AUGUCUUCUCAAUAUACAGCACGUUUAAAGGUUCUCCAAUUACCAGACGAACCGUUCGAUGAAAAUAGAUUGCCUCUUCAAAUUGGUUCAAACGUAUCAGUUGAACACUACAACGAUUUCCUUAACCGUUGCGAGUCAUCUGGAUACAAGUUCCAAUUAAGAGAUAACGGCGACGUAUUCAUUAUUGAUAUGGCUUACAGAGAACAUGAGUUUAUUGUUUCUCUACUACAAGAUUAUUUCAAAAUUCCCAACGGUGGUGUUAUCUUGAAUCCUCCAAUAGAUGUUGUAGGUCAACCAUUUCACUAUUGUCCAUCUGGAAAUGGAGAAAAAAUUGCACCAGACAUUGCUGUGUAUCCGAGUAUGGAUUAUAUUCCGAAACCCACUCUUCCGUAUCCCGGACCUCCUCCUAGUGAUAUAAAUGCUAAGCUCUGGCGCCAAGAAGUGAGAGGAUUCCGAGUGUGGGAUUUUGGGACUCUUCAGACAGGAUCUCAAGUUGCAAGUGAGUGCAAUGCACCAAACCUUCCUGCCUACCAAGUUAAUAUUCCAGUUUCAGAUGUAUUCUGGAACCCACCGAUCAUUGCGGGAGUUCCGGUUGUGGCUGGAUAUGCUGAGAUAGUUCCUAAUACGAUAAAUGGAAAUAAUUUCAAUAUUGAUCUAUACCAAAUUCAGCAGUUAUCACUGAAAGUGCAGGAUAACAAUUAG